UGCGUUGCGCCAAAGCGAAAGGUUGCCGUGUAUUUAGAUUAGUGUUACGAUGAGUGUCAGCGGCAGCGACAAGAGCGUACGGCGGCGCGUCAUAACGCCGACCAGUGAUCCUCACAACACAGAUCCUCUGCUGCGGCAGCGGAAUUCGCACCUGUAUGAGCAGAACAAACCCAAUGGCUGCGAGCGUGCCUUUGUGGAGUACAACAAAAUCAAAUGGUUUUGGGCGCCGGCAUUCUUUGGCUUUUGGCUGCUGCUGUAUGUGGCCAUAUCCAUACCAGCCUGCCACCACCUGCCACGUCCGCUGACCAUCAAGGAUGAGGCCAAGUAUCCCGAUCGCUUCAUUGCCGAGCGUGCGGAGAACAAUCUGCGGCAGCUGGUGGCACUCGGACCACGUGUCGUGGGCAGCAAGGAGAACGAAAUGGGCGCCGUGAAGGUGCUGUCCGGCAGCGUGCAGAAGAUACGCUCCGGUCUGGGCUCUGCCAAUGACAUUGAGGUGGAUGUGCAGGUUGCCUCCGGCAGCUACGUUCACUGGUCCAUGAUCAACAUGUACCAGAGCAUUCAGAAUAUUGUGGUGAAGGUUAGUCCGAAGAACACCAACAGCACCACCUAUUUGCUGGUCAACAGCCACUACGACUCGGUGCCCGGGGGACCUGGUGCUGGCGAUGAUGGCUCCAUGGUGGCCACUAUGAUGGAGACGCUGCGCGUCUUGGCUCAGUCCAAGACGGCUCUGAAGCACCCUGUUGUGUUCCUGUUCAACGGCGCCGAGGAGAAUCCACUGCAGGCAUCGCACGCGUUCAUUACGCAGCACAAGUGGGCCAAAAAUUGCAAAGCCCUCAUCAAUCUGGACUCUGCCGGCAAUGGCGGUCGCGAGAUUCUCUUCCAGAGUGGACCCAAUCAUCCCUGGCUGAUGAAGAGCUAUCGCCGAGCCAUCAAGCAUCCGUAUGCCUCCACCAUGGCCGAGGAGAUGUUCCAGAAUAACUUUAUACCCUCGGACACCGAUUUCCGCAUCUUCCGCGAUCAUGGCUCGGUGCCCGGUCUGGAUAUGGCUUACCAGUACAACGGUUAUGUCUAUCACACGCGCUUUGAUCGCGCCGAGAUCUUCCCACGCGGCAGCUUCCAGAACACUGGCGACAAUCUGCUGGCGCUGGUGCGCGAGAUUGCCAACUCGCAGGAGCUGGAGGAUACAUCGAAAUACUCCGAGGGACACACCGUUUACUUUGAUGUGAUGGGCUGGUUCCUGGUCUUCUACACCGAAACGGAGGGCAUCAUUUUGAAUGUGAUUGUCUCCCUGGUGGCCAUCGGCACCUGUCUCUAUGCCUUCAAGCUGAUGGCCUACAACUCGGGCCUCAAGCUGGAGAAGCUCCUCAAGCGUGUGCUGCACACCUUUGCUGUGCAGCUCUUUGGCCUGAUGUUUGCCGUUGCCAUCACGCUGUUCCUUGGCUGGUUCAUGGAUCUCGUGCACUUGCCCAUGUCGUGGUUCACGCACUCUUGGCUUAUACUCGGACUCUACUUCAGCACCUUCCUGUUCGGUUUGGCCAUAGUUCCAGCCAUGUAUUUCCACUACACCAAGGAGGACAAACUGCCCAUUGGCCAGCGCGUGCAGCUGCUGCUCCAUUGCCACUGCCUCUUCUUGGCCUUCUCCACGCUGGUGCUGACCAUUUGCGGUGUUCGCUCCGUGUUCGUUCUGAUGCUCUCCUGUUUGUUCUACACAAUGGGGCUCAUCAUUAAUCUGGCCACCAAGCUGCACAGCAAAGACGUCGCCUGGGUCAUACCACACAUUGUCUGCUUUGUGCCUCCGUUUGUGUUCUUCGCCUACUUCUCGCAUGGUUUCUUCCUCACUUUCAUUCCCAUGUUUGGCCGCUUUGGGGAGAAUGUCAACCCGGACCUCGUGGUGGCUGUCUUCAGCAUUGCCGUGGGCCUGCUCACCUGCGGCUUCAUUGUGCCCGUGCUGCAUCUGUUCCGCAAGUCCAAGACGAUCAUUUGUGCGCUGCUGGCCAUUACCUUGGUGUGUGUGAUCAUUGCCAUAACGCCCAUGGGUUUCCCCUACCGCCCCGAGACGAGUGUGCAGCGUUUCUCUGUGCUGCAUGCCAAGCGCACCUUCCAUGAUGCCGACAACAAAAUACGCCGCCAGGAGUCUGGCUACUUCAUUAUGCCGCAGGACAGACGCACUUACGCUGUGAAACAUGAUGUCAUUAACAUGACGCUGGCCCAGAAAAUCGGCGCUGAUUGCCAGAAGGAAAUGAUGUGCGGUCUGCCGUUGUACAAUCAGCGUUGGCAUAAGACCAGACAAAACACCCUGUGGAUACCAGCCUCCGAGCCGCUGUUGGGCACUGUGCCAGCUAUCAAAGUGAUCAGCAAGAAGCAGGUUUCCCCCAACAAGAUACGCUUUGAGCUGCAGUUGAGCGGACCCGAUCAUAUGGCGCUGUUCAUACAGCCCUUGAAUGGCGCUGUCAUGAAGGAUUGGUCCUUCCAUCAGGCGCCGCUGCGUCUGAACUUCCAGCCUCCCUACUUUAUCUACUUCUCGUGGGGCGUUAAUGGAGAUCCCCUGAAUUUCUGGCUGCAGCUGGAGAAAACCAACGGCGACUUCAAGACGCCCCUAUUUGAGCUGGGUGUGGGCGGCCAUUGGACCCACCACAAGGAAAUGUUGACGCCAGACUUUACGAAGUUCCUCAACAGUUUCCCCAAAUACGUGGAUGCCACGCCCUGGCCGGCAUCCUACGAGACCUGGAUCUACUAAGGAUCGGGUGUUUCAAUUGUUUUAAAUAAAUGUACUUCUAAUCGAAGAGACGACGAACCAGUUA